GUGGAAUGUGGUUUAAUAAUUAUAAUCAUAAACCAAAUCCUGUACAAUUUUCAUAUAAACAAUGAGCUUUAUCACAAAUCCAUAUACCUGAUCGCUAUAAAUUAGACUAUUAGUAAAUAGACUGUUUUGUAAGAGGCCACCAAUAAAUAAUAAUAAUAAAGAAGCCGAAAAAUAUUUGGAGGUUAAUGAUUUUUCCAGUCACUAUUGUUUUAUUUUGAAAAAUGAGUUGCGUUUUAUUUGGUGACAUUGUAGAACCCAGUACAAGAGCUUUAAUCGAUGAAGAUUUAGAAGAGUAUCCAGAAUACGUCGAAAUUACACCUAAAUGGGAAGGUAACUACGAAACUCCCCAUGAAAUAAAUUCUCUUAUUGUUAUCGAAUCCAGAAUUGUAAGAGAUUUAUUAAACGACUGUAUUUUAAACAAUCAAAAACCUAUUUGUACACUUAUCAAUGGGGCAAUUGAUAUAUAUUCAUUUAAAGAAAAACAGUAUUUUGUAGUUUACUAUGAAGGAAAAGAAUUGAAUGCUUGUCAGGUAGUUGAAGCAAUUGAACAUUGGAUAUUGAACGCAAAAAUUAUAUAUACAAUUAAAUCUGACUCUAUAUAUAAUUAUCAAAACCCGUUUCUUCUUGAAAAACCAUCAUAUGUUAUAAAAAGCAUAUCAAAUGGUGAAAGUAACUUGAGUUACACAAAAUUGGAACAACCGAAUUUGGUAACAGGAUUAGGUGCAGCAGUAUUGUCAUAUUGCAUCCACCAACAGAUACCAAAAUGUACAUUGAUCAUCAUUUAUUUACAUCAGUCUCAACUAGAUUCAUUCAAUAGUUGGCCAAUUUUGGAUGUUUUUAAAAAAAUGGGUUUAUCUAUACAACAUUGUACAAUUAAAGAUAGGGUGGUCAAUAUGAAUAAUUUGUAUAUGUAACAAUAUAUUUUUUAAUUAAAA